ACUCACUCACACACAAUGUGCCAUCCUGACAAGCCUUUUACUUCUGAUAAGCUCCGAUGUGUGUUUAAUGAAUACAAAGCCGCGGUCUGGGUGCCGCCUCGGCUGCGGCCGCUCUCCUGCGCUCCUUUGCCAGAAGAUCGGACUGAGAAGCACUCCACGAUGCCAGACUCACCUGUAGAUGUGAAGACCCCGUCUAGGCUGACUCCUCCCACAAUGCCACCUCCCCCAACAACUCAAGGAGCUCCAAGAACCAGUUCAUUCACGCCGACAACGUUAACUAAUGGCACAAGCCAUUCACCCACAGCCUUGAAUGGCGCCCCCUCGCCGCCCAAUGGUUUUAGCAACGGGCCUUCCUCUUCCUCCUCCUCUUCUCUGGCUAAUCAGCAGCUGCCCCCGGCCUGUGGCGCCCGGCAGCUCAGCAAGCUGAAGCGGUUCCUUACGACCCUGCAGCAGUUUGGCAACGACAUUUCACCAGAGAUUGGGGAGAGAGUGCGCACCCUCGUACUAGGACUGGUGAACUCUACUUUGACAAUUGAAGAAUUUCAUUCCAAACUGCAAGAAGCUACUAACUUCCCACUGCGACCUUUUGUCAUCCCAUUUUUGAAGGCCAACCUGCCCCUGCUGCAGCGCGAGCUCCUGCACUGUGCCAGGCUGGCCAAACAGAACCCUGCCCAGUACCUCGCCCAGCACGAACAGCUGCUUCUGGAUGCCAGCACCACCUCACCUGUUGACUCCUCAGAGCUGCUUCUCGAUGUGAACGAAAACGGGAAGAGGCGAACUCCAGACAGAACCAAAGAAAAUGGCUUUGACAGAGAGCCUUUGCACUCAGAACAUCCAAGCAAGCGGCCGUGCACUAUCAGCCCAGGCCAGCGGUACAGUCCAAAUAAUGGCUUGUCCUACCAGCCCAACGGCCUGCCUCACCCCACCCCACCUCCACCCCAGCAUUACCGUUUGGAUGAUAUGGCCAUUGCCCACCACUACAGGGACUCCUAUCGACACCCCAGCCACAGGGACCUCAGGGACAGAAACAGACCUAUGGGGUUGCAUGGCACACGUCAAGAAGAAAUGAUUGAUCACAGACUAACAGACAGAGAAUGGGCAGAGGAAUGGAAACAUCUAGACCAUCUGUUGAACUGCAUAAUGGACAUGGUAGAGAAAACAAGGCGAUCUCUCACUGUACUGAGGCGAUGUCAGGAGGCAGACCGGGAGGAACUCAAUUACUGGAUCCGGCGGUACAGCGACGCUGAAGACUUAAAAAAGGGCGGCACUAGCAGUGGUCACUCCAGGCAGCAGAGUCCUGUGAACCCAGACCCCGUGGCAUUAGAUGCACAUCGGGAAUUCCUUCACAGGCCUGCUUCUGGAUAUGUGCCAGAGGAGAUCUGGAAGAAAGCUGAGGAGGCCGUCAACGAGGUGAAGCGCCAGGCAAUGACCGAGCUGCAGAAGGCUGUGUCCGAGGCCGAGAGGAAAGCCCAUGACAUGAUCACGACCGAGCGCGCCAAGAUGGAGCGCACGGUGGCCGAGGCCAAGCGGCAGGCGGCAGAGGACGCGCUGGCUGUCAUCAAUCAGCAGGAGGACUCCAGUGAGAGCUGCUGGAAUUGUGGUCGUAAAGCAAGUGAAACCUGCAGCGGCUGCAACACGGCCCGGUACUGCGGCUCCUUUUGCCAGCACAAGGACUGGGAGAAGCACCACCACAUCUGCGGACAGACCCUGCAAGCCCAGCAGCAGGGGGACACGCCCGCCGUCAGCUCCUCCGCCACGCCCACCAGCGGGGCCGGGAGCCCGAUGGACACGCCACCAGCAGCCACCCCGAGGUCCACCACCCCGGGGACCCCUUCCACCAUAGAGACGACCCCUCGCUAGACGGCACAUCAGGACUGUCGGAGGAAAGACAACACAACCAACACGAAACCAGUUCCUCAUCCUCAGAUGCUCAAAGUUGUUUUUUUGUUUGUUUAUAGAUGAACUAUCCUGUUUCAGUACUUCAGCAAGAGAGAAACCUAACUGUAUCUUGAGGCGGUAGUAAAACAGAGGGCCAGUAACGGGUCGUAAUGACUUUUAUUGUGGAUAACAAAGAUAUCUUUUCCUUAGAGAACUGAAAAGAGCAGAGAAUAUAACAUGAAUUGAUAGAUUUGACCUCCUCCCUGUUAUUUUCCAGUAGCUGGGAUUUUAAACUAGAUGACCUCAUUAACCGAUGCUUUACCAAACAGCAAACCAAGAGAUUGCUAAUUGCUGUUGAAAGCAAAAAUGCUAAUAUUAAAAGUCACAAUGUUCUUUAUAUACAAUAAUGGAAAAAAAAAAAAAGGAAACCCUCAAGGGCAUGAGCAUUGGCUACAGCCGUAGACAUUUUAACAAGAAGAUGAAUGGCGUCCGUGGGUUGCUAACUGAACUUUGAAGACCCCGCUACAGAACGCGCAGAUGUGUAGCAUAUUGGAAGGAGACACAGAUGUUCAGUUUUUUUCCUGUUUCUGAAAAGAAAUAAUACCCGGGUCAACAGAAUGAA